GCGGCGAGUGGCAAACUGUCGCCCGUCGCGGUCGCCAGUCGAUCAAAACAAGCAUGGCUGCGCCUAUGACGCCUGUUGAUGGCCAAUUUUGGCGAAGUACUUUGGUCCUUCGAUUGCAAAACAGAAAUAGAGCGGAGAGCCACGCGUUCAAGGAUCUUAUUUCUUUUCAUAAUCGUCUCUUUGAGAGCUCCAAUGCACUUCGAGCAGAAAACCUGCAGCUCUCUAUUCAGAACGAGAAACUGAAAUCCGAACAAAACAUUUCUGUUGAAAAAGCUUCUGGGGAUGGAGGGGCUAAUAGUUCAAGCAAAAGCCCUUCACAUAGAAAUGAAAAGGUGCAGAUCUUGGAACAGAAAAUUUUUAGUCUUCAAGAAGAACUGACUGAAAUGCAUCGGAGGAAGGGAGAGAAUGCCCAGCAGCUGGUUGAUCUGAACCAAAAACUCCAGGAGAAAGAAAGGCUUUUGCAGUCAAAAGAAGCAAGCCUUGGAGAAUAUAUUUCCGAUAACAGUUCUUUGAAAGCAGAAGUGCAAAUGUACAAGUCUAGCUUGAAAGAGCUGGAAAGCCUGAAUCAAAUCAUCCGUGAUGAAUAUAAUGCAAACCAACUAGCACUCACUGCUCUUGAGGAGAAGUUGCGCAAGACUCAGGAUGAGAAUAGACAACUAGUUGAGCGCCUUGUUCUGUACAAAUCUAGAGAUGCUGAUCGAAUGAAUGAAGAUAAUGAAAAUUUUCUGAGUGGUGGGAGCCAUAAUCCAACCUCCUCUCUCUUACAAACCAUUGAUGGUCUCUUUAGGAAAAAACAAGCUAAAGUUCAAAGAGAGUUAGAGGAUGCUGCAAAGGAGUCUCGAGCAGUGUCCCCAGAAAGUACAUUUGGAGAGCGGUCUGACUUGGGUGUUAACCCAUUCUUUGCCUCCAAUGUUCCAUCAAAAGCCAUCAGCAAGUUUGAGGCCCACGACCAAGAAAUUAACGCAGUAAAGUGGAGCACACUGGAACGCCUGGUUGCUACUGGCGGAGCAGACCGCAAAGUUAAACUGUGGGACAUAUCCAAAGGGGGCCAGCACGAGAGCAGAGGGGUUCUCGUCGGGAGCAACGCGGCCGUCAUGUCCAUCGACUUCGACUCGACGGGGACGCUCAUCCUCGGGGCGUCCAACGACUUCGCCACGCGCGUGUGGACCGUCGCCGACCAUCGACUCAGGCACACGCUGACUGGACACAGCGGUAAGGUGAUGGCUGCCAAGUUCCUGGAGCAGUCCAAGGUGGUCACCGGCAGCCACGACCGAACACUCAAGAUCUGGGACCUGCGAAGCCGCGCAUGUAUCGAGACCAAGUUCGCGGGCUCGAGCUGUAACGACCUGGUGACGGGCGACGGCUCCGGCACCACCAUCAUCAGCGGCCACUUCGACAAGAGGAUCCGGUUUUGGGACUCGCGAACGGAUGCCUCCUCCGUCAACGACAUCGUGCUGCAGGGCAAGAUCACGUCCCUUGACCUGUCCAGAGAUGGAAAGUACCUGCUGAGCUGCGUGCGUGACGACUCCCUCAAGAUGCUGGACCUGAGGAUGAACACCAUCGUCUGCUCCUUCACAGCUGACGGCUUCAAGGUGGGCUGUGACUUCACCCGCGCGGCCUUCAGCCCCGACGCCCACUUCAUCGCGGUGGGUGCCGCGGACGGCGCCGUCUACGUCUGGAACGUCGAUUCCAACAAAGUGGAGCACAUUCUGAAGGAGCACCAGAACGCGGUGACUGCUGUGUCGUGGCAUCCGUACGGCAGCUUCCUGCUGAGCGUGGACCGCGCCAAGACUGCCGUCGUGUGGGGUGAUGCCUGAACAUGUCCUCAUGCAUGACACCAGCCACUUGCCACCAAUAAGCUCAUGGAUCAGUUGUCAACAUCAACUGCAAUUAUGUUUGUUCACGAAAUUAAUUGAAUCUGAACAUCAUUGAGACUGCUGAAAAGAUGGUACCUGAUCAAAUCGAACAUUUAUGAAACAAUGGCGAUCAAAUCACCGUAUGACCGCGCUUUUCUUUUUUGUAUGUGCGUUGUUUCACAUCACCUUGUCUUUUGUAACUAACGAGAUAGAGUUGUGUUCGUUAAUGUUAGUAUUAUUUCUUGUGGGUAUGCUUCUUGCCGAGGCCAUUUGUAAAAUAAUCUACUUUUGCUCAAUGUUCUCUUUUGUGCCUAAGAGAGGUGUGAAGAUAUUACUAAGUUAUUCGAGCCUUCAAUGUGCGAGCAAUCUGUAUGUGUGAAAUCACACGCUGAAAGGCGGUUAUUGCAUUCGCUCGUACUUGGGCCUAUGUUUUGUAGAGAAUGACAGCCUGCACGUCAUUAUGAUUUCACGUGUUUUUUUGGAGCACUUUCAAAAUCACUUACAUUCCAUAGAAACUCUAGGAGUGUUUUAUGCUGCCAUUUGUAUGAUGUAAAUAACAAAAAUCAACGUAUUGCUUGUGAAUUAAUGAAUCAUUAGUGACAGAGUAGGUUUUCGUUUAGUGUAAUUUAACGUCUAAUACUUUCUUCAGCAAAAAAGACCACAGGUUUUUGACUGACGCGGUGGUGACCAUUUUUUUUUACUGUGCUUCACGAUGUACAUAUUUCCAGUUUAGUCGUACUGGUUGCGAGCUCACAUUCCAAUACACCAUGUGUUUUGGGACCAUAUCAAGAAAAGUGAGAGAACGUCGUGAAUUGUAAUACAUAAUAUUUUUGGUGCUCUAGUGGAUUUUACAUUUUACCUACUGUGUAGAAUUAUUGUACGUUCAGAAAUCACGUUAGAGACUGGAGUGCGGCCACGUUUUUUUUUCUUUAAUCAAGACGGGAAUUCCAAGUAGUUUUUGUGCUGCUUCAGGAAUUUCAGUGAAGACGGCGGCUGGGAAGGAUGUCCUCUGUUUGCAUCGCUCUCCUAUUCCGUGUAAAUAAAAUAAAUAAAACAAAUCACCUCCUGGAGCUGGAAAGAGCUCAUUGGGCGUCGUAGAAAGUAGAAUCACAUUUGUCAAUUGUCUGAAUUUUGUUAAUCUGAUCUAAGCUACUGUCUGUGAUAUCAGAUUUAAAACUCCAAACUGCCGCUGACAUGUUUAGUUCUGUGUAGAUAUGUCGUGGGGUUAUGUCCGCUCUGCGCAGGAGCCUUCAAUUCUUUUGUUCACUUCGUACAUUCACUGUCAACAACUUAAGUUAUACUAAAUGUGAAUUGAUAAGUCA